GUCUCAGACGAUAAGGGGCGGGGCCGCUCGGCUACAUUUAGCUCCAAGCUAGUCAAAAAGCUAGCCUCGCUGUGUAACCUACCAGGUAGGGAAAAGCAAAACACUGAAUCGCCGACGCUAUUGGGCUACAAUAAAAACCUUAGCGUUGCACUGUGAUCCUUUUCGGGAGGGGGUCUCCCGAAAAAAACGAACUGCGAGUCAGAGUUCAACCGGGAGUGGCGUCAAAGCGCUGAAAGCGUCCUUUCUGAAGAACUGAUCGCUCUCUGCAAACUUCUGCUUGUUGUGAACAGGACCCUGCUGGUCUCCAGGUCUCCCUGAAGAGUAUGAGCCUGACUACCGAAACCCCCAACGAUGGCCCCAGCGUUACAGAAGAGAGCAAGCAGCCUGCGCCCGAGAAGAAGGACAAGAAGGCGGAUGAUGUAGCCGAGGAAGAUGAGGAGGAGGAGGAAUACGUGGUGGAGAAGGUCCUGAAUCGGCGGGUGGUCAAAGGGAGGGUGGAAUACCUCCUCAAGUGGAAAGGAUUCUCGGAGGAAGAUAACACUUGGGAGCCAGAGGACAACCUAGACUGUCCCGACCUCAUCGCAGAGUUCCUCCAGUCUCAGAAGUCGGCGCACGAGGGCAAACGAAAGGCAUCCGCUGACGGAGACGGGGAAGAAAGUAAAUCCAAGAGGAAGAAAGAUGAUACAGAGAAGCUGAGGGGCUUUGCCAGAGGCUUGGACCCAGAGAGAAUCAUCGGAGCCACCGAUUCGACGGGAGAGCUCAUGUUCCUCAUGAAGUGGAAAAAUUCUGACGAAGCAGACCUGGUUCCAGCGAAGGAAGCCAACGUCAAGUGUCCGCAGGUGGUCAUUUCUUUCUACGAGGAGCGGCUUACCUGGCAUUCGUACCCCAGCGAAGAUGAGAAAAAAGAUGAGAAAAACUAACAAAACAAAAAAAAAAGUGUAGUUUUGAACUUGGUUGUACUUUGGGUUCCGAAGGAGGAGUGAGCUUGAGCUUAAAGGGAGGGAGUGGGGUUAAACGAUUCACGGUUAGUCUGACGUUGGUUGUGAUUUUAUGUGUUUAGAACGUUGUCAUCCUGCAUGACACCGUGUCCAUGCAGUGUUAAACUUUUGCCAUUUCACACCUUUUACCAUGAUGCUUAUGUGCCAUUUUAUAUAUAUUUUUUUUUCCUCCUUCCAUCUUAGCCGUCGUGUUCCGAUGAUGAUUCAUUUGCCGUGAUGACUACGUGCUUGGUGGUGGUGGUUGUUGUUUCUCCAUGUCUCGCUGUCAUUUUUUGGACAAUAAAAUCACUUUUUGUUA